AUGACUUCAAGCCCAAUGGAUAUCUCCAACACGAGGUCCAAGUUCCCUGCACUGCAACAAGAUCAGGUCUUCUUUGACAAUGCCGGCGGUAGCCAAAUCUUGGGGACUGUCAUCGAGUCGAUAGCCAACUAUUUAUCCAGCACCAACGUACAACUAGGAGCCUCAUACAAGGUAGGCAAAGCUUCGACGGCCCGGUAUGCUGCCGGCGUAGUCGCUGGGGCCAAGUACAUCAACGCGCAAGAAUCGGAGAUUGUCUACGGCUCCUCCACCACGCAACUGUUCCGCAACCUAGCCCACUCGCUGCAGUUCAACCAAGGCGACGAGAUCAUCGUCUCCCUUGUCGACCACGAAGCCAACAUUGCACCCUGGGUCGAUUUGGCCGAACGCCAGAAGCUCGUCCUCAAGUGGUGGGCCCCAUCAAAGACAUCCACCAACCCCAAGCUGGAACCGGCGGAUCUUGAGGCUCUCAUGACUCCCCAGACGAGGUUGGUCACUUGCACUCACUGCAGCAAUAUCCUGGGCAGCAUCACCAACGUAAAAGCCAUCGCUACGUCCGUUCACAAGAUCCCAGGAGCACUGCUGUGUGUCGAUGCCGUGGCCUAUGCACCGCAUCGACGCAUCGACGUCAAGGAUCUAGGAGUGGACUUUUAUGCCUUCUCGUGGUACAAGGUGUACGGGCCGCACAUCUCGAUGCUGUAUGCCAGUCGGGCGGCGCAGAGACACAUGAGGUCGCUGAAUCACUUCUUCAAGUCCGGAGACUCGCUCGAGGAUAAGAUUGGGUUGGCGGGGGCGAGCUACGAGCUUAUGCAGGCUAUUACGGCUGUGGUAGAUUACUUGUCCCCUGUGGAUGAAGGUGUUUGGGAUGCUGUCAAGGUACAGGAGCGUUCGCUUCAGGAGACUUUGCUCCAGUAUCUUAACUCGAGGCCCGACAUCACUGUGUACGGGGAGACGAGUGCGGACGGUGUGGUCAGGGUCCCCACGGUGGCUUUCCGUGUCAAGGGAUGGAACUCGAAGGAGCUAGUUGAGAUGGUUGAGAAGGAUACCAAUUUCGGGUUCCGCUGGGGGGCUUUCUACUCGAAUAGGUUGGUUCAUGAGCUUCUGGGCCUGGACGAGGAUGGGGUUGUGAGGAUUAGUAUGGUGCAUUACAACACUGUUGACGAAGUGAAGGGCAUCAUUGCGGCUAUUGACAAGGUGCUUUCCCAGAAGAGUUCGACUUGA